GCUUGCUGUGUCAUCGCAAUCUCGAAAUGCCUUUGUUUUGUUUUCUUUUCUUUUCUGUACGACAGGCCAAGUCCUCGAGAGCCGAGUGCUUGGAUGUACGACAAACAGUGUACUCCAUUUCAUCAGUACGCAACGCAAAACCGACCGCAAAACGAGCCCUCGGCGCCAAGUCAACGAACAGACAAUAAGAGACUCCCCCCUUGAAACACUCUGGACCCCCCCUCCUCGGAGGGAUCAACCUGGGCCUAUCGAUAAGGAGGACAUGUUUCCCUCGACCGAGGGCGGGGGGCUUCGGUGAUCCUUCAAGACGUGUAACUCUCCGACUGAACCGGACACAAAUAUGAUGUCGGGCACUUUCACUUUGGGGAUUUGCAUUGGGUCUUUGUGCAUACCCGUCGAUCCAGCAAACAUGGACUUUCAAACAGAUUCAGGCGGGAAAGGCUUGACAUGGACAAGUCGACCGACAGACCAUUCAAUGCCAACGGUUCAUGAAUCGUGACAUGGUCCGAGGAUUGGGUCGAGAAGAAGGUCAGAGUGUCAAAGGAGGUGCGAGGCAUGACACGCCCGGAUGACCACCUUCCCCCCUCCCCUCCAACCUGACACCUACCUAGGACAUGCCCGGCUUUAAAAAGGUAAGUAGGCAUAUCAUAUGUCGAUCGCUCCCGCGUCGUAGUUUGUCGUUUGAGUUUUGAUUCCUUUGUUUGCUCGAGUCUGUUCAAGAGUUCAGUUCUUUCGCUAUUCGGCUUGGUGAUCUUCAGUUCGCUGCUGUCGAGUUAUCUCAAAUUCGCCUUUGGAGAUUUCGAAUACCGUACAUGUAUCACAGCACCGGCCAACGACACCAUGGUUUUCAACUUGUACACCACCAGCAGCCCGGCGGCUUCGGCCGAUAGUGGCCCAAUCAAACCCAUCUACCUCCUCCCGAGUUUUAGCUUGCCCUUUCGUCGACGCAGGCCGUCCACCACACUCACUCAGACAUACGAUCACCGCCUGGAUGACACCGAGUCCGAUGGCCUCCCAUCGCUUUCCAGUUCUCCUGAUUCAUUCACCACCGCCUUUUCAUCCGAUUACACCCCGAUUCAGCCAACUUCUACCCGUCUCUCCCCCAUCCAACCCGACAUCCUUCGCUGCGCCCACUGCGCGUCCGACAUCGCCUUCACUUCUCAAAUCAUCAGCAAAGGCUUCCACGGUCGCCACGGCCGGGCCUAUCUCGUCUCACCCACACCUUCCCAGGCCCCAGGUCCCCAUCCGUCUUUUGGCUUCUUUUCUUCACUCAUCCAUCUCCCGUCAUCUGCUGCCACCAGGACGACGGAACUGCCCAACAUCUUUACAGAAGCCCCCGAAAUCCGCCGCCUGGUAACGGGCCAGCACACCGUCGCUGACAUCACCUGCGCCGUGUGCGGGACCAAGCUGGGGUGGAAGUACGUGGAUGCAAAGGAGAGUUCGCAGAAGUAUAAAGUCGGGAAAUUCAUCUUGGAGUGCGCGAGGGUCGUCACGUUUCGGAGUUGGGAGGAUUCGCCCAAGGACGAACAGGAGGGUGUCGUCGGUGACAUGGGGAAGAAUGGAAGGCGGGGGUUGGUCAAGGGGGCGAGUGGAAAACGGAAGCAAAAGGAAGCAGCUGCGGAGGAGGCGGCGGUGCGAGGUGAAGAGCAGGAACCCGUGUCGCCAACUGCGGUCAUCUUUGACUCGGACAACGACUCUGAAUGCGAUGACAUCUUUGCUGGAGUCUGGGAUGCCGAGACCGUGGCUAAGCGGCGCAAGGGGAAGCUGACCAACAUGAAGCCGCCUAGGGGAGGGCUUUUUUGGUCGUGAUGGAUGACCUGUCAGCCGGAGUUGUUUGCUUUGGUCGGAGACUGUGGGAGUAUGGGCUGCCAUUACUAGAGGUAGUCUCAUGGAGCUGAGCUGGAUACUGAGCAUCGUGCUCGAAAAUCCGGCAUAGUGGCGAGCGUUUGCAUGGAUGUCAAAUGGUCAUCAGAUCAUCAUUUGGACCUUGGCUUGACGAAUGGAGCGUGUGUUCCUAGCCAGAGCGAGUCUUUUGGGUACUUCAUUUGGACGCUUCAUGGCUGGUAUGGUGGUCUGGCAGUGACUGAUGCUUUCAUAAUCGGAUCUCCAGAACUACGGGAGUACCUAGAACGGGGCGUUUUGAGGUUAUUUGGAAGGUCUACUUCACCUACAUCGUUGAUAUGGGUUUUCCAUUUUCUUGGUUCACUGGCUUUUUUCUUUUUACUCAGCGCUGGGGCACGAAUGGGCAUACGGUAUAAGGGCAUAAUCGGUCUAGGGCAUUAGCGCAAGGUGUUCGAACCGGUGUGGAACUGGUAUCACAUAAUGGGUAUUUCGAACUGAACUAAUUGACUACUUUCCAACAUCAUCCACCGACACGAAAUGUGUCCUGACCGUCCUAGCAUGACGCCGCACUCCAUGCUGCUACUCCUCCCAACAGCAACCACUCCC